CAGGUGAGACGACGAUUUGGCCCGAACUCCGAAGACUUUGUACUGAGGUCUCGCGCCAAAGCACCCGGCAAAAUGCGAACCAGUGAUUGGGUUUGGAUCCUUGCUUGCAUCUCUUUCGCGUUUACUCGAGCUUUCUCUGAGGAUUCUGAACUCGGAUCGGCUCGUGUUGUUUUUCAGACAAAUUAUGGAGAUAUUGAGUUUGGAUUUUUCCCCGACGUUGCCCCCAAAACAGUUGAGCACAUAUUCAAACUUGUUCGCAUGGGAUGCUAUAAUACUAAUCACUUUUUCCGGGUCGAUAAGGGUUUUGUUGCUCAAGUGGCUGAUGUAGUAGGUGGCAGAACAGCUCCUUUGAACAAUGAGCAAAGAGAGGAAGCUGUAAAAACUGUUGUUGGUGAAUUUAGUCAUGUGAAGCACGUAAGAGGUGUACUUUCUAUGGGGAGGUAUGCUGAUCCCAAUAGUGCAUCUUCCUCAUUUUCAAUCCUUCUCGGAAAUGCCCCUCACCUUGAUGGUCAGUAUGCGAUAUUUGGUAGAGUUACUAAAGGUGAUGAGACAUUAAGAAAGUUGGAGCAACUCCCUACCCGUCAAGAAGGGAUAUUUGUUAUGCCAAUUGAACGCAUCAGUAUCCUAUCAACCUACUUUUAUGAUACCGAGGGAGAAAACUGUGAACAAGAGAAAUCAAUGUUGAGAAGAAGGCUUGCUGCUUCUACUAUUGAAAUUGAAAAACAGAGAAUGAAAUGCUUCCCAUGAUCGCAAGCAUGAAAAAGGCAAUUCUUGGGCCUCAGCCAGAGCAUGGAAAGUUACAGAACAAGCAAACUGAAUUGAUGACUUGU